CCUGUCAUUGUCAUCUGGACGGUUAAAGUGCUGUUUUUUCCUUUAGGUGGCGAUAUUGAGCACGUUUUUGUAGUAUCUUAGCAACGUCGCGUACAUUUUUCGCCUCUCGAAAACCUGCGGAUUUGCCGCCGUGGCCGUUCUAACGGGGAAAUAUUAAGAAAUAAAGCAGGACAGCCACGUUUGCCGGUACGUACACGUUUGUCUGGAGGAUUCGAAAGUGAAACCGAAAGUUUUCCGCGGCGCCGGGCCUUACUGCCGUUACUAGGACUGUGUCACAGGGUGACCCCAAUGGGCCUGUUCGACAAACUCGCUGGAUGGCUCGGCUUGAAGAAGAAGGAAGUGAACGUGCUCUGCCUGGGUCUGGACAACAGCGGCAAGACCACCAUCAUCAACCAACUCAAGCCGUCGAAUGCUCAGACACAAGAUAUAGUCCCUACGAUAGGCUUCAGCAUAGAGAAGUUUAAGACAUCAAGUCUGUCCUUCACAGUUUUUGACAUGUCGGGUCAAGGCAGAUACAGGAAUCUGUGGGAACAUUACUACAAGCAAGGGCAGGCCAUUAUAUUUGUCAUAGACAGUGGGGACAAGCUAAGAAUGGUGGUUGCCAAAGAGGAACUUGACACACUUUUGAAUCACCCAGACAUAAAACACAGAAGGAUUCCCAUUUUGUUCUUUGCAAACAAGAUGGAUCUGCGAGAUGCACUGUCCUCUGUGAAAGUUUCACAGCUGCUCUGCUUGGAAAAUAUCAAAGACAAGCCUUGGCACAUAUGUGCAAGUGAUGCUGUGAAAGGUGAAGGCUUGCAAGAAGGUGUGGACUGGCUUCAAGAUCAGAUCAGAACACUGAAAACAUGAGCAUCAUCGGGACAGGAACUGAGACAGCAUGAGAACAACAACAUCAUCCUCUCAGACUGGUCUCAAGCUGUCCCCAGAAGAGUCCUAUUCAGCCUGAGCUAUGUCCCAGUAGGUCUGGACUUUUGGCCUUCUGUAGUGACCACAUUGCUAAAAGAGAAGGUCUUUUUUAUUUUUUAUUUUAGGUAGAACAAAUGCUUACUAUAUAUAUUUUUUUUUUCGUAUUCCUGCAAAACAGUAGUUACUUUAUCUGGACACUGCAUAAGACAUAGUUACUUAUUUAUUCUGUUUGCAAGUUCAGCAGAUAAGUGUGGCAUGGCAUAUAUAACAGUUCUAUAGAAAAUGAAAUAGUAGUUUACAAUAGUCUGAGAAAAUUAUAACUUCACCAUUUCCAGCUAGUAUGUGCUUAUUAUCUACUGUAUCUCCAGCAAAUUAGCUUUUAUGGCAGGCAGUCACAUGUGCUCUGAUCUGAGCCUGACCUAACAUUUUAUGUUGCUUUCAUCUGCUUGUUUUUUAUGACCCAUCUCUGCUGGAACAAUGUAACAGCUGAAGUUCCAGAUGUUUGAUUGGUUAAUAAUUGUGGCAUUAGUAUACAGUCACAUUGACUCAGUAUAAAUGCUGUAGUGUAGGAUUGGGUGCCCUGUGUAUGGCUGAUCCUCAGAUAUCAAGCAUGCAUAUUAAGCUGUGUCUGGUUGGUGUCUUCACAGCACAACAAGCCUAUUUGGGGAACUCAAUAUUUUAGAGAAUGACACCUUUAAAGGUUGGCUUUUGCCUAGUUCAUCAUGCUUGUAUAUGCUUUUUGUCCAUUUCAAAUAAAUAUCAUCAAUCUAA